CAUACGUGGGGGGCGGGGCUUCCCAGGCAGCAGUGACUUCCGCUCGCCGGCUGAGCGCUAUGCUAACAACAACAACAACAACAACACAACAGUACACCUUGCUGCGCCUUGUAAUUGUGUCAGAAUUUAGGUUUAAAUACUUCCUACCAAAGACACAGCGUGGUUUAACGUUUAACUUUUCAACAAGCAGACAAUUAGGCAACGGUUUCUUUAUUCAGCCAGGCUUCUAAGUUAACGUUGGCAUUUGGCUGUAAUAGCUAACGCUGCGGUGGUUUUCAAGCAAGGCCUGAGACGGUAAAAACAAGCGAAAGCCAGGUCACCUCUCCGAGAGACGUGCCCACUGAACUAAAGGCAGCAUAAAAUAAGCACUCCAUCCUCCAGAGAAGAGCCUGCGUCCUCAAAAUGAGAGGUUCGUACGGAGACAGGGAUCGAGACCGUGGCCGUGACAGAAGCAGCCCUCGUUUUGGGUCCAGCAGAAGCGGCCCGCCACAAGGUAGAAAAUUCGGGAAUCCCGGGGACCGUUUACGAAAGAAGAGAUGGGACCUGGACGAGCUCCCAAAAUUUGAGAAGAACUUUUACAGUGAACAUCCAGAAGUGCAGCGAAUGAGCCAGUAUGAUGUUGAAGAGUAUCGCAGGAAGAAAGAAAUCACGGUUCGAGGCUCUGGCUGCCCAAAGCCCAUCACCAAUUUUCAUCAGGCACAGUAUCCCCAAUAUGUAAUGGAUGUCCUGAUGCAGCAGAAUUUCAAGGAGCCCACAGCCAUUCAGGCUCAAGGUUUCCCUCUGGCUCUCAGCGGUAGAGACAUGGUGGGCAUUGCUCAGACUGGCUCUGGGAAGACUUUAUCGUAUCUCCUGCCUGCCAUUGUGCACAUCAAUCAUCAGCCCUACUUGGAGCGUGGAGAUGGACCCAUUUGCUUGGUUCUUGCCCCCACAAGAGAACUGGCGCAGCAGGUCCAGCAGGUGGCGUACGAUUAUGGCAAGUCAUCCCGCAUCAAAAGCACUUGUGUGUAUGGUGGUGCCCCCAAAGGUCCUCAAAUCCGAGACCUGGAGAGAGGUGUUGAGAUCUGCAUCGCCACUCCGGGUCGUCUGAUUGACUUCCUUGAGGCUGGAAAGACCAACCUGCGACGCUGCACAUACUUAGUUCUUGAUGAAGCAGACCGAAUGCUGGACAUGGGCUUUGAACCACAGAUUCGCAAAAUUGUGGACCAGAUCCGGCCCGACAGACAGACCCUGAUGUGGAGUGCUACUUGGCCUAAAGAGGUUCGCCAGCUGGCAGAGGACUUUCUGAAGGACUAUGUCCAAAUCAAUGUUGGAGCGCUAGAGCUCAGCGCCAACCACAACAUCCUUCAGAUUGUUGAUGUCUGUAUGGAGAGUGAGAAAGACCACAAGUUAAUCCAGCUGAUGGAAGAGAUCAUGGCUGAGAAAGAGAACAAAACCAUCAUCUUCGUGGAAACCAAGAAACGAUGUGAUGAUCUCACACGCAGGAUGAGACGUGAUGGGUGGCCAGCGAUGUGCAUUCACGGUGACAAGAGCCAGCCAGAGAGGGACUGGGUCUUGUCAGAGUUUCGUAGCGGCAAAGCUCCCAUCCUCAUCGCUACUGACGUGGCCUCGCGUGGUUUGGACGUGGAAGAUGUCAAGUUUGUCAUCAAUUAUGACUAUCCUAACUCUUCGGAGGACUACAUCCAUCGCAUAGGUCGUACGGCCCGCAGCACCAACAAAGGCACUGCCUACACCUUCUUCACUCCGGGGAACCUCCGCCAGGCCCGCGAGCUGAUCCGGGUGCUGGAGGAGGCCCGACAGGCCAUCAAUCCCAAGCUACUGCAGCUGGUCGAUACUGGACGUGGAGGAGGCGCAGGAGGUGGCCGUCCCCGUUUCCGUGGCAGCAAUUCUAACAAUCCCAACCUGAUGUACCAGGACGAGUGUGACAGAAGAAUGCGUUCCGUGGGCGGGAGCAGCAACACCAAGGACAGCCGUAGUGGCAGCAGCUACAGCCGAGACAGCCGAGAUAACCGUGGAGGAAGCAGCCGGGACGGGGAGCGCUCCACCUCCUCCUCAUCCUCCUCUUACAGAGAUCGUAGCAGCAGGGACGGAGGACGCAGCUACAGCUCAAGCUCCAACUCAUACGACCAGUACCAGAAUAACAACAGCAGCAGCAGCAGCAACAGCAGUCAGUACAGCAGCUCCAGGGCCAGCUCUGGGUCGGGGGGUGGUGGGGUGGGGCAGCCCGAGCCUCCUUCAUCAGGGCCCCAGCCUCUAAUGGCCCAGCAGUUCAACCCUCCGCAGCCCAUGAUGGGCCUGAUGGGGCACUCACCAUUUCAGUUUGUUGCUCCAUCAGGCAGAAAGUAAUGUCAGUCUCAAAUACAGCCCAACACUGUUUCAAAAUUAACGAGAAAUCUUGAUUUUAGAGGGUUCAGUCCCCAGUAGUUGACCACUCUAACAUCAACAUGCCAUUUGUUGGCUUGUUAAGGUUGCAACACAUCAGUGCAUUGUGUUUCUAGACUUCGUAAAAAUCAAGACAUGACAACAUUUAAGCUGGUUUCUACUUUUAUUUAGUGGUCAACUCAUUUUGAUUUUUGAUUUUUUCUUAUAAGUAAAAUUAAUUAAUUAAAAUUAAUCACCGGUAAUUCUAUUGUUUGACAGGAACUUGUUUGUGUCAUUUGACCAAUUUUGUCUUGAAAAAUCUUUUUUGUACAAGGGUGCUGUUUUUGUACUGUCAUCCUCUGUGAGCUGCUUCAGAGGAUUUAUAGAGACUCUGCUUCUCCUUUUAGCUGUAUCAAAGGUAGGUGCUGAAGUUAAUCCUUGUAUACAACAUUUAUUUCUGUUUUAGGGUCAAUAUCUAUAUUUUUGUUUUUGAAACUUAAUAUGAUCGAUCUACUUGAAAUGAUGAAAGAAGAAACUUAUGAGAUCCUAGUGUAUCUGAGCAAAACUAGGUUUAAAGAUGUUUUUCUAUUCAGGUAUUAUUUCCUACUUUGGAAGAUUUUCUUUGUUAUCUAGAUUUUCUUGAUUUCAUGGCAUUGAUAUUAUUUUAGGCCACAUAGAGGCAACUCUGCAGGGGGCUCUUUAUGGCAGCAGUUAAUGUCACAUGCAUGUAAAGUUUGUGUUUGCUGACCAAUCUGAGACCAACCGUAGAUCACAGUAUUCAGUUAAUCAGCAGUGUGGUCAAGUCUGCAGCAGUGAAGAUUGAGAUUUUCUUGACAAGUGCUGUCCCUUUUUAUAGUUUGUUUAAUAAAGCUCAUCAGUGUA